AUGUCAUUGAAUAACGACGAAAUCGCUGUAAUUGUUGUUGCUAUCAUCGCCUUAUUGAGUAUACUUCUCCCUCUGAUGUGUUUUCUUUGUGAUCGAAGUAGGAAAAGGAGUCGAAAACCAAAAACACGAUCCUUCCAUCGAUACCGUCCCAGAGUUCCGACGAUCUCUCAAGAAGUCUCUUGCCCCGGCACAGCAGAACGAAUACGAAGGGCUAACAAUGAAGAAAAUUUUUACAACACUGUAUAA